AUGUUAGGCAGGCUCUGCCUGACUAUUCAGGAAGCCAAAGAACAGUAUACUCGCUUUGGCGACAACGUCUUUGGCCAAAGUCGCUGGUUCCACAUGCGGUCCGUACUUUGGUAUCCCAGACCAAAGUAUGCGGCGAUCAAGGUGCGACAAACGAUCCUUGAAGUCGUCCGCCUUGGUCUUAGAGACCCCAACGUCGUAGAUUACGAAGUGCAACGCGAGACGCUUGCCAUGGAUCCGCGGUUUGAAGAAGCCUGUCAAUGGUAUGAGUACCCUGACUUAGUCCGACAUGGUCGUAUCCAGAAGGGUCGGUGGCGGCACGGAAGGACCAUUUGUGCAUCGAAGCCUUUUAAACGAAUCCUCGCCGUACAACAGAGGUCUGCCUCAAAGAUGCCAAUUUGGCAAGCGGCAAUGGCGACGACGGCCGCGCCAGUCUUCUUCGAGCGCCAACACGAUGGCAACGAUGCGUAUAUCGACGGUGGCCUGGGUUUCAACAAUCCUGCAAAGAUUGCUUACAAAGACGUCAGUGACAGGCAUGAUCUCCCACCAAAGAUCGUCAUCAGCAUCGGGACGGGUGAGAAAGCGAGCCGGCCAGUGAUGUCGCGAAGGAACCAAUUGGGCGACAUCAUGGGAUCGUCCGACGACCGCCGCCAGCGGCUCAAGAAAUUGGUCGAGCUCCUUUUCAAGCAUUCCAAGAACUGGUUAACAGACGUGGAUGGAGUUGUCGACGACAUGGGCUUCAUGGCGAAUAUGUUCAAGUUCAAGUUCACGCGACUCUCCGUUCCGAAUGACAUCCGUCCGGGCGGCCAUUGCCUGGGAGAAAUUCCGCUAGAUGAUUGGCGGCCUAAAGAUGGAGGAUGGACGACCUUGGAGAGGUUGGAGAAUCUGACCAAUACAUAUUUAGCCCAGGCUGAGACUCGAGGAAUGCUGGAGGAAUGCGCCCGGGAGCUGGUCUUGCUCAGGCGACAACGCGCGCGGACGGAGCGGUGGGAGACUUACGCGAUGGACGUCACCUACCGGUGCUGCGCCGACGAGAACUGCCAUCCUGGGCCUUAUUUGAAGAACAGACGCAGCAUGAGACGGCAUUUUGAUGAGAAACAUGGGGAACUCACCCGGGACAAAAGCCCCCAGGAAAUGGAAAACAUCCUAAACACCUGCCGAGUUGUGAAAGACGAGACCGGAGGCGCACGUAAUGGCAGCGCGAGUCGGCGGCCGCCCCGCAAGGCACCAACGGGGUUGCACGUUGAAUCUGAAUACCUGUAUCCAACUUGCACAGCCGGAGUCACUCGGAAAGGGCCGAUACGACGGGAGAAUGGGAUAUGA